AUGAAUCAAAAUGUUAAUUCGACACAAGAUAAUAUUCAAACUCAGAAAGAACUUCGUCAAGUGAUAAAUCAUCUUCGAACAUUUGAUAAUAUUGAUGAACGUGAAAAAUACAUUCGAAAGAUUACAAAAGAAAAAGUUGUUCUCAUUGUAUCAGGUUCAUUAGGUCGACAAAUUGUACCUCAACUUCAUGAUCUUUCACAAUUUUCUGCAUGUUAUGUCUUUUGUCAAGAUCAAAAAGCAAACGAACAAUGGGCUAAUAAAUAUCACAAGGUUAAUGGUGUUUUCAUUGAACGUGCUAAACUUGUUGCUAAAAUAUCAAAAUAUCAAGUUGGUCGCAAUAAAGUAGAAGAUGGUGCUUCAAUAUCAGUAAUUACUUCUGGUUCUCAAUCUCUUCAAGUUCGAAAUGCUAUCUUUAUGUGGUUUCAAUUGUUUAUUGAAGUUCUUCUUCGUAUGCAUCAUAAAUCUAAUGAUCGUAAGGAACUUUUAGACAUUUGCAAAAAGAGUUAUAAGGGCAAUCAACAAGAAAUGAAGAUUAUUGAUGAAUUUGAAAAGAACUAUAAAUCAGAAAAUGCAAUAUGGUGGUAUACACGUGAAUCAUGUUUUUAUCGAAUGAUGAAUAAAGCAUUACGUGCACAAGAUUUUGAUAUGUUAUUUGCUCUUCGAUUUUUUAUUACUGAUAUUGCUAAACAGAUAAAAAAUGAACAUGAUAAAUUUAUUCGUACUAGUGAAAAUCGGAAUAAGAUUCGUGUUUAUCGUGGUCAAUUGAUUGGAAAUGAUGAAUUUGAAUUAAUGAAAAAUAGCAUUGGUGAAUUUGUUUCAAUGAAUUCUUUUUUCUCGACAAGUCGUAAUCGACCAACUGCUCUUGAUUUUUCUCGAACUACUGCUAAAACUGAUAAUGUUCAAUAA